UCUGUUUUCCUUAGAUAUAGAAAAGACAAAGACAAUCACAUUUCCCCCCAAAGCGUAGAAUCAAAGCAAAGCAAUCGGAAAAAGAAAUCCAUAAUCCCACUAAUUUUUUCAUAUAAUAAUAAACCAACACCAUAAUCAGACAUUCAUGUAAACAAAUAGACGAUGCAGAGAGCAAAUGAUGAUGACAACAAGAGAGGGUUUUUUCGGCGGCUUUUAAAGUUGGUGUUCGUUAAACUCAUGGCGGGUGCGGGUCACAAGGAAGAUAAGUCUGUGACAAAGAAACUGAUCAAGAAAGAAUCAAAGUCUGAUAUCACAAUUUAUUUCAAGCAAAGAGAAGAGUCCGAGGAUAACAACGCUAAUCCCAUCAAUAUCUCAAGAAGCUCGGAGAAAGAUAGGGUGAUCAUGCUGGUUAAUGGUAGUAACGGCUCAAAGAAGAACUUAGCGAGUGAGCUAAACGUUAGGCGAUCAGUAGCUCAAACUGGAGCUGGUGGUGUGACACAGCCGAAGCCUCUUUUGAAUGAUAUAAACACUAAAUCACAUGCUUUCAUUCAGAGUAGACUCGAGAAGAUGCGAAAAGGCUUGUAGCCAAAUGCAUGAUGAGUGUAUGACCUCUCUGUUUUGACUCUUUUCUUUCUUCACCUCAUAUAUGUCUUAAAGACUCCUAUCUAGCUUUUUCAUCAAUUCAAUUUUACGAUACACAUACUUCCUCCAUUCUUCAUGUUACAUGAAUGUAUAAUUUGUAUUCUGAAAUAUAUUUUUUUUAUUGUAUAAUAUCAAAAUUUAUGUGAUUA